AUGGAUCUCCAAGCUUUCGUGGAUCCGAACCUCCCAGAAGCCGACUUGAUCGUUCUCCAGCAUCUACACCACGACAUUGCUAGCUACGAAGACGCCAAUGCAAGCUCUUCGUCCGAUAAAGAAGCUCAAAAUGGUUCAGCAACAAGAAGAAAAACACACGCAACAGCGGCGGCGGAUGACAACAGCAAUGAGGAAGCUCUCAUCACCCAGCUCGACGCCCUCAACGACCCUUCUAAUUCCUCCUUCGAACCCACCGUCUUCGUGACCUUUGACACAAGCUAUCUCCGCACAAAGCUGCAUCCUUACAUAUACAAUAACAUCCUCGUGCCCUACAUCGCCUUUGCACGCAGAAUCGUCCGCGUCGACACCGACGUUGUGAUGUUGACGCACUUACUGCUCUACUUUUCGACCUCCGUGCCCUCCGCGAUCUUGCUCUAUCGACAUUUCACAUAUAUCCAUGGCGUGUUGCAUUGGGUAAUGCAAAGUUACUACGUCGGAACGUACACGCUCAUGAUGCAUCAACACAUCCACAUGGGUGGCAUUCUCACAAAAUCUAACCCCUUCAUCCACGCAUUCGAUGUCGUGUUUCCAUAUAUCACAAACCCGUUGAUGGGCCACACCUGGAACUCGUACUACUACCAUCAUAUCAAACACCACCACGUCGAGGGCAACGGACCCGACGAUUUGUCCUCUACAAUCCGGUAUCAGCGCGACUCAAUCCCUGAUUUUGCGCAUUACGUUCUACGGUUCAUGUUCCUUGUCUGGAUUGAAUUGCCGCUCUACUUUUUCCGACAUGGGAAGUACUUGCUGGGCUUGAAGGCGCUCUUUUGGGAGGUUGGCACGUACAUCUCGAUUGCAGCCUUAUAUCGAUAUGUUGAUGCGCGUGCGACUGUAUUUGUCUUCUUGUUGCCGCUCUGCAUGCUUAGGAUUGGUCUUAUGGUGGGAAAUUGGGGCCAGCAUGCACUCGUCGAUGAAGAGGAUCCCACGUCUGAUUUGAGGAGUAGUAUUACCCUCAUCGAUGUCGCUUCAAACCGCUUCUGCUUCAAUGACGGCUACCACACAUCGCACCACCUCAACCCCCGACGUCACUGGCGCGACCACCCAGCCGCCUUCAUGCGCGCAAAGAACAAAUACAUCAACGAGCGAGCCCUCGUCUUCAAAAACAUAGAUUAUAUCAUGAUGACCGUCAAACUCAUGCAGAAGGACUACAUGUAUCUGGCGAAAUGCUUGGUUCCGAUAGGGAAGAAACAGAUCCGAAUGUCACUAGAAGAAAAGGCGGAGAUGUUGAGGAGCAAAACGAGAAAGUUUUCGGAGGAGGAAAUUAAGGUUAAAUAUGGACUGUAG